CACAUCCGAAUAAUUUUAUCAACCGGCAUCGGGGUGGAGGCGGAUCGAGACUACAGCGGCCAGCGCAUGGAGAUUGGAGACCUGCCCUGACUGCCCUCCUUUGGUCCUCCAUUAUCCCGAGGUAUUGCGAAUUCCUAAGCGAUUGGAACGGAGGACCAUGAUCACGUACGGAAUGCGCUCAGAACGGCAUCAAUCCAUCCUCUCCAGCUACGCCCGGCUGUUGCUGCUCCAUCGUCGCGCUCCCAUCAAGAAUACCGGCUCGAUUCGACGAUUUGCGACAUUGCAUCAUUUGCAGCAUUUGCCUCAUUUGCCUCAUUUGCAGCCGGCGGCGUCGUGCAGAGUUGGCGCUACUCAUUCACAGCGGCGAUACAUGUCGUCUUCCGACCGUCCCCCCCCACCAACCAACCCCCCCAACAGCCUGAGCAGCUACACCACCACCAACACUACAAGCACCACCAACAACAGCUCCUCUCCAUUUUUCACACACCGCUCACGAGCUUCCGCCGACAAAAUUCACCUGCGCACCUCCCAGCUCGCCGCCCAUCUUUCUCCCCCUCACCACUACCAUCACUCCCACUUCUCGUCCCCUCCUCAUUCCACUGCACCCAGUGGAUCACGACGCUCAUCGACCAUGGCUUCCAAAUCCACCUAUACCGCCCGCAAAGUCGGCGCGCCCAACACCCUCGAGCACCGCGUGUACGUCGAGAAGGAUGGCGUGCCCGUCUCGCCCUUCCACGACAUCCCAUUGUAUGCCAACGAGCAAGGGACCGUCCUCAACAUGAUCGUCGAGAUCCCGCGCUGGACCAAUGCGAAGAUGGAGAUCUCCAAAGAGGAUCCCCUCAAUCCCAUCAAGCAGGAUAUCAAGAAGGGGAAGCUUCGCUUCGUGCGGAACUGCUUCCCUCACAAGGGGUAUCUCUGGAACUACGGUGCUUUCCCUCAGACCUGGGAGGACCCCAACGUUGUCCACCCCGAGACCAAAGCCAAGGGCGACAACGACCCCCUCGACGUGUGCGAGAUCGGCGAACUCGUCGCCAAGCCCGGCGACAUCAAGCAGGUCAAGGUGCUCGGCGUCAUGGCGCUGCUAGACGAGGAGGAGACCGACUGGAAGGUCAUCGUCAUUGACGUCAACGACCCGCUGGCCUCCAAGCUGCACGACAUCGAGGACGUCGAGCGCCACCUCCCCGGCCUGCUGCGCGCCACCAACGAGUGGUUCCGCAUCUAUAAAAUCCCGGAUGGAAAACCGGAGAACCAGUUCGCUUUCUCGGGCGAGUGCAAGAAUCAGAAGUACGCCACCGACAUCGUCCGCGAAUGCAACGAGGCUUGGGAGCGCCUGGUGCACGGCAAGGCCGACCGCCAUGGCAUCAGCAUUGGUACGGUUACCGUCCCCGGAUCCGCCGAGCGCAUCGAUCCCAACACUCUCGGCCUUACGCAGUCCCAGAGCCUGCAGCCGGCACCGAUCGAUGGAUCGAUCGACAAGUGGUUCUUCAUCUCCGGCGCCCCGUCUGGUUAGAGAUGGGCUACGGCGUCGAAACCAGCCCCAUAUGCCUCAUCGCAUAAGGUAGGAUGAACCGUGGAUAUUGAAUUUUGGAGGGAUGAGGGGAUAUAUAACGGUCUGGACCGAAUGACCAAAAGUAUAGAUUACAGUUUGUACCACCGUGGUGCGCUGGGACGCUAGAACCCUCCCCAAAUACAUAUAUCAUACCACCCGCCUCCUCCGUCUACCCA